GUAUUGGACCACAUCUCGUUUCAGAUCUGGGAUCACUGGUCUAGUUGCCGCGAUUUAUAGCCGUCCUCGGGGUCCCUACCGUCGCGCGUCGGGUUUCGCACAUUAGGAAAGGGCGCCAUAAGAUUCAGUGAGAAGCAGACAUAAAAUGAAACGCGCGAUUUCAGUAGCGCUGCUCCAGUCGCGCAUACGGAAACCCACCUGAAGAGUUUGUAUGUGCGAAAUUUCGCCGUAUAUUUUUAGAGCAUAAAUUAAUUCUACCAACAACAGGAUGAAAAUUAUAUUAAUUUUCACUUACGUGACCUUAACUCUGGGCAAUCAGAGGGUUGAAAGGCAGCAGUCACAAUCCCGCCUUUCAAAAAAACAGCAACUAGAUCAAAUUGCGGAUGGUGUAGAGUAUGAAUACAUUAAUCAAGAUCCAGGAUACUUAUCCUUAUAUGAAGACUCAUCAAAAUCAGCGAGUCAUCAUCAGAAGCCAAAAACAGGAUUCAGUGUCGGUGGAGGAUUGGUGAGCAUUGCUCAGGGUGCAGCAAAUGCUGCUCAUAAUUCGGUCAUCAAUCAACCGUCAGCUGCUGGUCAGGCAGCUUAUGUUGCAAAAAACACGUUAGCACAAUCCGCUGCUCAGUCAGCUGCAACUGCAGCUGCAGCGUUGGCAGGGAAACAAAUUAUCCUCAUGGGACUUGAACAACAGUCAUACAAUGCUCAUCUCGCUGUUGAUUCUGAAAAAACGCAACUGCAACAAGCACAACGUUCUGCUACUGCUGCACAAAACACUGCUCAGCAGGCUAUGCAUCAGGUACAAGUAAUAACGACUGCUCUGAAUGCAGCUCAAGCAACUGCAGAACACGCUACUCAAGCUGCCUCUGAAGCUGCAGCUGAAUUAGCUGCGCAGACGACUAUGGUUGGUCAAGCCAAGGCUCGAGCUCAUGCGAUUGACGAACAACUAGAAACUGCAAGAGUGGACUUCGAAGCUACACAAGCUGCAGCUCAAAAGGCUGCAGCCUUGGCCCAAAAGGCUCAAAACAAUGCAGCAGCUGCUGCGGCGCACGCCGCACAUGCGGCUAGUGAAGCUGCAGCUCAUUCCAUUGGAACCAAACACGAUCGCGAAAGUCUUCAGGAUAGCCUUCAACAUUCUGAAAAUAUAAAUCAACUUAGCAAAGUUCUUCGUGAUUCUAACAAUUUGUACCAGGCAUCCUCCCAGCAAGAAUCAGCGCCUCAUCAUAAGUCCAGCUCGCUAAUUCGACCCACUAACGAAGAACAUUAUUCUGCGGAUUCUUUUGAUACUGAUAGCCCACACACAACUUCUGCAUUAUCUCCUUCGUCUUAUUCGGCAUCAGGUCCAUUGGAUUAUGAUUAUAAAAGCUCUACAAGAGUAGUGGACUAUCGUGGUUAUUAGGUAUAAAAGAUUUGAUGUAAAUUAUCGACUCAUCAAUAUCCAUGCCAUCCUGACCUAUAAUUCCUAUUUCCGUCAUGUCGCCAUAUGUUGCCGAAUGUCUAAUUUUUACAGUCAUACAAUUCUGUUGAUUAUUAUCAGGUGUUAAGUCAACAGAAUGCAUGGAAAUUAAUGUAAAUUUUUUUCGUGCGCAUGAAUGAUGUAUUUCAUAGUGAAGUAGCGUCUUCUACUGCAUAAGGAAAAUAAUUUUUCAUGAUUGAAAUCAUCAGAAAAGUUUAAACCUAUUCAUAGCAGACUGUAAGUCUCAUGAAAAAAAUUGCUUUCCUUUAUGGAUACAAGGAAGGUUUUGUUACCUGAUGACAUUAUCAUAGAGGUUGCACUGAUUUGUAAUUAUUUUUAUAUCUGUAAAUUUGAAAAAUUGGGUACCUUUUUAAAAUAAUACUUCAGCUGUACAGACUGAAUUAAAUAAAUGAA